CACACCGCGCCACAAAGACUUUGACGACCUGGAGAGGAAGUACUGGAAGAACCUGACCUUCAUGUCCCCCAUUUAUGGGGCUGACGUCAGCGGCUCCAUCUAUGACGAGGACAUCCAUGAGUGGAACAUCGGGCACCUGAACACGCUGCUGGACAUGGUGGAGCAGGAGUGUGGCAUCGUGAUCGAGGGCGUCAACACGCCGUACCUGUACUUCGGCAUGUGGAAGACGACCUUCGCCUGGCACACCGAGGACAUGGACCUGUACAGCAUCAACUACCUGCACUUCGGACAGUCCAAGUCCUGGUACGCCAUCCCACCUGAGCACGGCAAGAGGCUGGAGCGGCUGGCCAAAGGCUUCUUCCCCGGGAGCUCCCAAGGCUGUGACGCCUUCCUUCGCCACAAGAUGACGCUGUUGUCUCCCUCCAUCCUGAAGAAAUACGGCAUUCCCUUUGACCGGAUCACCCAGAAUGAAGGAGAGUUCAUGGUCACCUUUCCCUACGGAUACCACGCCGGCUUCAACCACGGCUUCAACUGUGCCGAGUCCACCAACUUCGCCACGCUGCGCUGGGUCGACUACGGCAAGAUGGCCACGCAGUGCUCCUGCCGUAAAGACAUGGUGAAGAUCUCCAUGGACGUGUUUGUGCGCUGCCUGCAGCCGAGCCGCUACGAGCUGUGGAAGCAGGGCAAAGACACCACGGUGCUGGACCACCUGAAGGCCACCGGGCUCAGCUGCCCCGAGCUGGAGAGCUGGAGGGAGCACCGGGUCCACCACAGGGCCAACGUCCUGAGAAGGGCCCUGCAGAAGAUGAAGCAGGUGCGCCGCCUGAAGCUGGAGGAGGUGAAGGUGUUGGCCCAGGAGGGCAUCGAGCUGAACGCUGCCGAGUACCAGCGGCAGGUGGAGGAGCGCGAGGCCCAGCGGAGGCAGGAGCGCGAGGAGCGCCUGGCCAAGGAGGCCAUGCUGACCCUGGAGGCCAUGGAGCGCGAGGAGCAGCAGGCGGCGGCGCGAGGAGCCGAGCACCCCGAGCUCCAGGGUCUGGAGGCCAAACUUCAGAGCCUGACGGAGGACACGGCGAAGAAGAAGCCCAAGAGAUCCAAGAAGAUGUUGAGCAUCCACAGCGCCAUCACCGGGUUCGAGGAGGCCUUCGAACAGUUUGCUACUGCCAGCGCCAAGAACAUGGUCGUCGAUCAGGAGGCGGAGCUUCCCCUGCAGGGCGACCUCCUGGACGCGAACUUCUCGGAGGUGAAGACGGAGGUGAAGAAGAGUCGCCGCCACCCCCUCAGCAAGCCGCCCAUGCGCUCCCCUCUGUCCAUCCUCAAGCAAGACCCGGCCAGCGACAAAGAGCUGCCCUCCCCCACGUUGCUGGACAGUGACCUGAAGAAGCAGGAGCACCUGUGGCAGAACCACUCAUCCAACUUCCUGGCAGAGAAGGCCUUCAAUGCUGCAGUGGCAGCGCUACAGCCCCACUGCGCCAUCUGCUCCCUCUUCUGCCCCUACCCUCAGCCACACAAAGACGUGUUGGUAGCUAAUGCCCCCCAGCAUCCUGCCCCCCCCGGGCUGACCCGGCCCCUGGUCCCUGAGAUGUGCUUCAGCGUUGGAGCCAGCACCACCGAGCCGCCGCCCACCAACUACCACAUGGGGGAGGAUGGCACCAGCCCCCUGCUGUGCUGCUCCUCCUGCCACGUGCAGGUCCACGCCCGCUGCUACGGCGUGAAGCCCAGCUCCCUGAGCGACUCCUGGACCUGCUCCAGGUGUGCAGCAGCAGCCUGGACCGUGGAGUGUUGUCUCUGUAACCUGCGAGGAGGAGCUCUGAAGACCACCACAGACCACCGGUGGGUCCAUGUGAUCUGUGCCAUCGCUGUAGCUGAAGCUCGCUUCGUGAACGCCGUGGAGAGAGAGCCGGUGGACGUCAGCGGCGUGCCGGAGACACGCAAGAGCCUGAAGUGCGUCUUCUGCUACGGAAAGACGGCCAACCGUAACCGCGGCGCCUGCAUCCAGUGCUCCCACGAGAACUGUGCCACCUCCUUCCACGUCACCUGCGCCCAGAUCGCCGGAGUCGUCAUGACGCCGGCCGACUGGCCCUACGUGGUGUCGGUCAGCUGCCACAAGCACAAGAGAGGCGCCUCCAAGUCUCGGGCCUCGGCUAAAGGCCCUCCCAGCCUGACCCUGGGUCAGCGGGUCAUCGGGCGCAACAGUGACGGCUGGUACUACCACUGCACCGUCAUCGGCAUGGCGACGCAGACCUUCUACGAGGUCAACUUCGACGACGGCUCGUAUUGUGACAACGUGCACCCAGAAAACAUCUUGAGUCACGACUGCUUGCGGACCGGACCUCCGGAGGGGGGCGAGCUCAUCAUGGUCGGCACGCCGGAGGGCGAGGCGGUCCACGCCUCCUUCGUCAGGGAGCACAACCACAAGUCCUACCAGGUUGAGUUCCAGGACCAGAGCCAGCUGAUCCUGAAGCACUCUGAGAUCCACCAGCUGGAGCACGAGCUGCCCAAGAGGGUCCGAGCCCGAACCCCCACCGGGACCCCACGGGACCUCCAGCUGGACCUCUACGGGGACCUCCAGCUGGACCUCUACGGGGACCUCCAGCUGGACCUCUACGGGGACCUCUACCGGGACCUCUACGGGGACCUCCAGCUGGACCUCUACCGGGACCUCUACGGGGACCUCUACCGGGACCUCUACGGGGACCUCCAGCUGGACCUCACGGGACCUCACUGGGACCUCUACGGGGACCUCCAGCUGGACCUCUACCGGGACCUCUACGGGGAUCUCUACCGGGACCUCUACCGGGACCUCUACGGGGACCUCCAGCUGGACCUCCAUGCUGAUGCGGAGCAGCUGUGA